AUGCGUGCUUCAACGUGCCUUCCGGCACUUGUGCUGGCUGUCUCCCAGACGACGAACGCGCUGAUGAACAAUGCUUUCGCACGCUCUUUUGAUCUCAUGGCAGACAUGGGACUCAAUCCCGACGGUACCCCGGUCAAUAUCGAUGGCCCUUCCUUUAACGACGCGGACGUUAGCGAAGCUGAUUUCAGGAUCGCCAGUGUCGCAGAUGCUUCCGCGCCACCAGCCACCGAGAUCAUCCCCGAAGAAUAUGUCACUCUUCCUCUCGAUCACUUCGAUCCUUCCAAGAACCACGGGACGUUCAACAACCGCUACUGGGCUGCGUCGAGCUCCUAUAAGCCUGGCGGCCCUGUCUUCAUCUACGACGUAGGCGAAGGCAACGCCUCUACAAAUGCGCUUUUCCGCAUCCAGAAUUCCACAAGUUUCUUCAAGCAGAUUGUCGACAAGUACAACGGUAUCGGGAUUGUGUGGGAGCAUCGAUUCUACGGAAAUAGCAGUCCCGGUGGACCGGUUAAUAUCGAUACCCCAGCGGAACAGUUCCGAUUCUUGAACACAGAGCAGAGCCUUGCGGACGUUGCGGCUUUUGCGUCUCAGUUCUCACUCAAGAACCGCGGGAUUAACUACACCCUCACACCGGAGACAACACCAUGGGUCUUCGUUGGCGGAAGUUACCCGGGUAUGCGUGCAGCAUUCAUGCGAGAGAAAUAUCCCGAUACCAUCUACGCAAGCUACGCUUCUUCAGCACCUGUUCAGGCAAGCGUUGAUCAAAGUUUCUACUUUGAGCCUAUCUGGCGAGGCAUGCAAAAGUACGGCUUUGGAAACUGCUCGAGAGAUAUCCAGGCCGCGACAAGAUACAUCGACGGCGUAUUUGAUCGUGGUAGCAAGAACAAUGCUGCAGCAGAUCAGCUCAAGAUCAUGUUUCUUGGCAAAGGCGCGGAGAAGAACAGUCAUGCGACGUUUGCCGAUGCAUUGACUACUGUCUUCGUAACAUGGCAGUCUUACGGCAUGGAGGGCGGCAAUACUGGACUCAGGAAGCUUUGCGACUGGAUCGAGACCGGCAAUGGUACGAAUACCACCAGCGCGCCGAGCUACGACCAGAAGAUCCCACAAGCAGUGCAGGGAUGGGCAAGCUUCCCAUACUUCGCGAAAAACGUCAACAUGUACUUAGAGACAAAUUGCUCGGGAAAAGCCGAUGUAGUCGGUGAUUGCGAUUUGGACAGGAAGUUCACAGACCCGGCCAUGAUCAGCUGGACAUGGCAGUACUGCACACAGUGGGGGUACUUCCAGUCCGCAAACCUUGGACCGCGCCAACUCGUUUCCAAAUACAACUCGCUCGUGCACCAGCACGACAUCUGCCAUCGUCAAUUCCCGGAUGCACCACGCGACCUUUUCCCUGAAUGGCCCGCCGUUGACCAGACAAACCGCAAGUUUGGUGGCUGGUCCAUCCGCCCCUCAAACACCUACUGGUCUAAUGGAGAAUUCGACCCCUGGCGAACACUCUCACCAGCCAGCGCGGAGCCUUUCGCGCCGAAGGUCAAGGUAUCUCAAGACAUCCCGAAGUGCGGAGCCAAGACAGAUAAGAGCAGUUUGUUUGGAUUCGUCCUUUCUAACGCGCAGCAUUGCUAUGACUUCAGGACUAUUGGGGUGACUGUGCCCGAUGGUGCUGUGAGCAGGGGUUAUUUUACGAGUGCGUUGAGCUCGUGGUUGGAGUGCUGGAAGCCAAAGGGAUACGGAAAGCCUUGGAAAGCAUAG